AUAGUUAUAAAUAGUUAUAAAUAAUUGUUUGAUCAGAAAAUAGCUUGGGAAUUUGCAUAAAAAUGUAUGCUUUUGUGAUGACAAUCUUGAAAACAACUAUAAUGUAGGAGUUAUUAAAAUAGCAUGGAAUCAACCAGGAUUAUAUAUCUCAAUAAAAUGAAAUUCGUUAUUCUAUUUAUCGCCUGUUUUAUACUAAUACUUCGUCAUGAAACCUGCACAGGAGUGGAGGCAGUAGUUGCACCUUACGUAUGUAAAACACCUAUGGGAAGAUCAAUCGAUUUGUCUGAUAUUUGUUGUUUGGCAAUUGGUGCCAAAUGUGCGACUGGUAGAUGUUGCCGUGGAACGGAAGGGUACUGUCGAUGCUGUGAGGUCAAUGAGGAAUUUGGAAUAAUCACUGACGCAUGUCUUCCAAAAAAUGGCGAAUCGACUUGUAGAAUGACCCGAUCAACGGCCGACGAUAACUGCCUUAUGUGGCUCACAAGGAAUUGGGUUGAUCCUAUCAUCAAUAUACAAAAAUUCUGCUGUGACAGGAUGAAAACGUUAAACGCCUGUACUGGAGAAAACUUAGUAUGUCAUUAUACGAACACUGUUCCUUUUUGCAAAUGUGGGCCGCGUCUCAUUACGACCAUUAGGGGGAAACUGGAUCUAGAGACGGGAUCUCUAUACAAAUACACUCCUAUUGAAAUCGUUGGAUCUGUAGGUCUUUUAAAAGGAGAUAGUUUCAAUGCAGCAAUACAGAUGCUACAUGAAAACAGUAAAAACAAAUUUUGUUACUCAAAGCCAAAUAGAAGAAGAAGCAAGCAAUGGGAAUGGAUCGACGUGAGUCAGAAGUGUUGUGAAAUCCGUGGAUUCACCUUCAAAGAAGGCUGUUGCACCAAGGGAAGUCAUCCAUUUUGCUAUGACUGUGCCGAUGAUCGUAAAAGGAAAAUAGGUCGGAAGGCGACGAAGAAUAGAUGCUGGUUGAAAGUUUCAAAGACUCUCAAUUUCAUUGAUCCCAAUUCAGAAGCGACGUUGGAUGAGCCUGUGAAGAAUUUCGCUUCACUUUGCUGUCAUAUAUUUAAAUUCAAAAUAUGCCUUUCUAAAGAGAGAUGGCCUUUCUGCAAGGAGGGGGAGGAGGAGGAUUUCGAUGACAGGCCGAAAAGCAUGGGCGUUACUCCAAUUGCUAACUACAUUGACAUGCAAUAUGACGCAUGUUGUGCCCAGAAGAGCUGUAAGGCUCAAUGCUGUUACUUGAACAGACAUCCCUUUUGUUCAUGCUGCCCUUGCUCUGCUGCUGCCGACCGAGGUGAUAGGCUCCAAUCUAAAUCCAAAUUCUCCAGCAUUAAAGUUACGAAAGCUGAUUUAAUCGGUGUCCAAAAACUGAAGUCUAACAUAUGUAAGCACAGGGAAUAUGUGUCAAAUACAAAAGCAAUAGAUUUGCCGAACUAUGUUGAUUUGGGUAUAUUUUGCUGUUCGUUGAGAAACUGCAAGGCUUGUGAACGCUCACGGGUUUUUCCCUUCUGCAAAUGUAAAACGAGUGUCCGACCUGAUGUGAACACUGAUGACAACUCCGAUGACGAUGGUUUCGCUGUUACUGAGGGAGAUACUUUUGCAAUUGGAGAGGACUCUGAUGCUCUUCAGGCUGACAUUCCCCGAGAAGCGAGCUGCUUUGUAAAAGUUGCCCCACCUGCUACGAUAUUAGAAAAGACCUGCACCGGGCGUCACUGUAAGAAUUUCGACACAAUAAAGGAAAUGUUCGAUUCUCUCAUGUAUUACCACUUUUGGUGCGACAUGUUAAACUGCAACGUGUGUUGUUUAACUGGUUAUAAUCUGCCGCAACCUGCAUACUGCUGCUCUGGUGCCAGUAUGUACAUAUGAUCAAGAUAUGAUCCCAGGAAAUAAAUGACAAUAUCGACAUAACUUCCGUUCUUAAGACUCUCGAGAGUGAUUCGCAUGUGUAACAUUAAAAGAAAAUGUAUGCGCAAAUAUUUUUACAUCUUACUUUAACAGAGAAAAGCUAGGUACUGUAUAAUACUUGUUAUUCAUUGAGACGUAGGAUUUUGUGGAAGUUAAUGUUCUGUCGUGAUUUUUCAAAAGAAUCUAGAAGACUGAACAAAUUAUACUGAAAUUAUGGCAGGUUUUACAUCUUCUCAUACCCUGAUAAUGUAAAAAGGGUUGUUGUGAACUUGUGAAGGCCAUUCUGAAAUCACAAAUUCAAAUUAGAAGCCUCCAUUAGAUUUCUGUAUAUGAUUUUUAAAUAUUUGAAUACCAAAACAUGAAUGACAAUAAGUGAAGUCACUUUUGUUUAGUGUAUGGCAGUUAAAGAAAUACUAGUAAUGAAAAUAUUCAAGGAUAUUGUUAAUUGCUCCUUCAAUGUGAACAUUUCGAAUGACAGGAUUUUUAUCAUGUAUGUGUAUCUAUU